CACUACCUAAGGCUAGAGAGAUUUUGCAUUUCUUUGGUCAAGAUUUCAAGUACCAAUUGGGCUCCUGAAUUGAGGAAGUAUGGCCUCUCAAGUUGAGCCAAGUGCUCCCCAGACCAUCUCAAUUACUCCGCUACUCAAGCGUUUAUGGCCAUCCCCUGCUGAGGCCAACGUCACGGCAGAUGAGAUUGCCGUAGCAAUAUCACACAUAUUUACAAAUCAAUUAUCCCCUGUUCAAACCGGAGCCUUGCUCACUUGUCUGCAUUUCACUGGGUGGGAUCGGAGAGCAGAUGUGAUUGCAAAAUGUGCAGAGGCCAUGAGAAAUGCUGCUUCUCGCAUAGACAAGGAGAACUUGGAGAAAGUUGUUAAAGCACGUGGAAGACCAGAGGGUCAUUAUGAGGGAGGUCUUUGCGAUAUCGUGGGCACAGGAGGUGAUUCACACCACACAUUUAACAUCUCUACUACAUCAUCUAUUCUGGCCUCAUCUCUCCUCCUCCUGAGCAAGCAUGGAAACCGAGCUUCCACCUCAAAAUCAGGCUCAGCCGAUCUGCUCACUUCUACUUUACCGACUGCGCCAGAUCUUAUGGCGGUUACCCCUGAGACCAUCGCCAAGAUAUACGAGAAGAGCAAUUAUGCCUUUCUAUUUGCCCCUGUCUUUCAUCCAGGCAUGAAAUACGUUGCUCCUAUUCGCAAAGAGCUUGGAUGGAGGACAAUUUUCAAUCUCUUAGGCCCCCUUGCAAAUCCCGUGGAGGGAAGUAUAGAGGCGCGCCUUCUAGGAGUGGCUCGAAAAGAUAUCGGGCCUGUGUUUGCUGAGGCAUUGAAGAUGAGCGGUGCCAGGAAAGCCAUGGUAGUCUGCGGUGAGGAAGAUCUCGAUGAGAUCAGUUGCGCUGGCCGGACUCACUGCUGGAACUUGGUUGACCGGACGAACGGCAAAGCCGCCUCACCCGACGAUAUUGAGGUCGAGAACUUCACCAUCAGCGCUGAAGAUUUCGGACUCCCCGCGCAUGCGUUGGCGGAUGUGUCACCGGGCAAGGAGCCACACGAGAAUGCAGCCAUCUUGAUGAAGCUUCUCCAAAACCAGCUCCCCAGGGACGACCCCAUCUUGCAUUUCGUCCUCAUGAACACGGCGGCCCUGUUCGUCGUUUCCGGUAUCUGUGAAGCUGAUACUAGUAAUAUGGGCGAUGGAGACGAUGGGAAGGUCAUCACAGAAAGGGGACCUGGGGGAGGAAGAUGGAAGGAAGGAGUCAGACGUGCGCGAUGGGCAGUGGAGAGUGGCGCGGCUUGGAGGCAAUGGAGGCAGUUUGUAGAAGCCACCAAUAGCUUCAGUAGCUAGGCUGUGUAGAAGCUAUUCACAAUAGAAGGGAUUGGUAUAGAAGCGUCGGUUCAAGGGUCAAGGCCAGAGUUAAGGCGAGAGUCAAGCCCAGGGUGAAAGACAGGCUCAAAGUGCUCAGUCAUACACAUCACGGCGUAACUGUGCGGCUAGAACGGCGAAGAAGGUCAGGAAGCAUAUAGUAUCUUUCUCUUCUCUUACAGUAAAGCAUGGGAGAUAUGUCUCUUCGAUUAUUAUCUGUUUCUGAGGCAAGAUAUUUGAGGGGGG